AUGGACUUCCAGAUCAUUUCCAGGUUUACAGACGGAGGAGACUUCCAGUGGGCGAAGUUUGGAACCGCUGCCUUUCUAGCUGUCCUCCUCAGUGCCCUGGCUUUCCUUUCCUAUACCCCGCGAGUUCACCAAAAGUCUCCUGCAUUUACUUCUCACAAGUUACCGUUCAUCGGCUCGUUGGGAUUUACUACCGAGCAAUGGAAUUGGUGGAAAAGUGCCACAGCCGAGUCGAAAACCGGCAAUUUUAGCUUCUGGCUGGGGCAACGCCAUGUGGUUGGAGUGACUGGCGAGGCUGCCCGCAAGAUGUUCUUCACCCACGAGGCGUUGGACUUCGUCAGCGGGGCGCUGAUCAGACCGAUCAACAUUCAUUUUUGGCCUCCGAUCCACGACAUCUUCAAGCCUGACGUCAAAAGCAGAAGUAAAAAUACUUACUUUCUCCGGCGCCUGUAUGAGUUGCAGAGCACCGAGCAGCUCAAUCACUACCUACCCCAGUUACUGAAGGAUGCGCGUGUAGGGAUGGCGGGCCUCUCCCGCGUGACGAAGCCAUCCGUGUCUUGCUGGGAGACUGUCUUCGCGCAGGACGUUCGCCUGCUAUGCACCGAUGAGAUCAUCGAUGAUCCCAAGCUGCUCGCAACAUUUGGACGCCACGUGGAGACUCUUCUCUUUACGUUCAGCCAUUACAAUGUCUGCUUCCCCUGGCUGCCCUCGCCUUCGUACUACAAGCGCCGCCAGGCGCGGUACGCCCUUUACGACCUCAUGAAGGACAUUGUAAAUAAGCGACUGAAGAACGGUCCCCGGCGGCCGAACGACCCCGUCCAAAUCCUGCUCGACUACAACGACAACGUGGACCACAUCAUUGAGUUCUUCAUCAGCCUGCUCUUCAUCGCUCCGGCGAAUUCCCGCAUCAUCGGCGGCCAGAUGCUCAACAUCAUGUCCAUUUACCGGGACUGGCAGGAGAAGGUCUAUGCGGACAUCAAGGCCGCGGCAGCGGCGCAUUCACCGGACAAGAACGCGCCGCUGGUGGACCAGCUCGCCUUUAUCCCCCUGCAUGCCUGGGAAAACUCUUUCCCGUCGAUCGACCUCUGCCUCCAGGAAACGAUCCGCAUGUGGACAUCCUUCUCUAUGGCCCGGUUGAAUGUCUCACCUAACCCCAUCCCAAUCCCGGGAAGCGAUGAGGUCAUCCCGGGUAACACAUUUGUCUGCUAUAACUCGACCGAAGUCAAUUUCAGCGACACGCUGUAUCCCGACCCCAAGAAAUUCGACCCGUCACGGUUUUUGGACGGGCGAGAAGAGUUCCGGAAUGAGGCCUAUGGAUUCCUCGGUUGGGGCCGAGGGCGUCACCCUUGCCCAGGGAUGCGCUGGGCGAAGCUGCAGCAAAACAUCAUUAUUGCCUAUGCCGUCGCCAUGUACGAUUGGAGCAGUUGCGAUGAGACCGGGAAGCCUACUCCCCAAGCUGUGCAUGUCAAGGAGUUAAAUGCCACGCGUGGGACUGUCUUACCCACUGCUUACUGCAAAUUGGUUCCAAGGGAAAAGGUGUAG